GUGGUGUCACAUGUCCAAGGACCAUCCUGUUACACGUCCAAGAGCACAAGGCAAUCGUUCCGCUCCACCCACUAAAAAAAAAAAAAAAUCGUUCCUCUCCCUCUCCCUGACGCGAGCGACCAAAGUCCGGCGGCCGACGCGGCACCGGCGGCGGAGGAAUCAUCUUCCGCACUGAAAUAUUCUUUUAUACGGAAGGUGCCUGUUAGAUCGGCUGUCUACAUUGCCUCUUGAGAAAAUAUAGGGGGAUCUUUCUGUCCUCUGCUCUUACCUGAAGCUAGAAUCACGGAGGGGGUGCUCUAAUAGGUCUAUGCACCCUGUGUCGAUCUCCUUUCAACCAUUCACUGCAACUCCUGCGGGCGAUUUUCCCUCAAGGACCACUAAUGUGAGGUCUCGCCGUGAUUUUGUCAAGUUGCUGACAAUUGGAACAAGUAGUGGAUACCGUGCCAUGAAUUCCGGACCAACUUCUGCUUCCAAGUCUGAAACGACUGAGGAACAGGAUUAUGCUGUGGGAGAGAAUGAUGGUGUGAUCAUAGUCGACCACGGGUCACGGCGACAGGAAUCUAAUCUCAUGCUAAACGAUUUUGUUACUAUGUUCAGGGCAAGGACUGGCUACAGGAUUGUUGAGCCUGCUCACAUGGAGCUUGCUGAGCCUAGUAUUAAAGAAGCAUUUGGAAAAUGUGUCCAGCAAGGAGCAUCCCGCAUUAUUGUCAGCCCAUAUUUCCUUUCACCUGGACGGCACUGGAAACAAGAUAUACCUUCUUUAGCAGCAGAAGCCUCUAAAGAGCACUCUAACGUGGCCUACAUUGUCACUGCUCCUCUUGGAUUGCAUGAGCUUAUGGUGGAUGUUAUGAACGAUCGCAUCAAGUACUGCCUGAGGCACGUUGCAGGCGAUGCCGAUGAGUGUGCAGUAUGUGCUGGGACUGGAAAAUGCCACCUAUACUCCUGAUGGAGAUGAUAUGUGAGGCUACUUUGCUCGAAAGUCUAAUCAGGGUCAUCUUGUUUUUGACUCAUUGGAAGCGCAGAUUGAUGGCUGAGGCCGAUAAUUCCAUCUUGUUGACCCAUGCUCUUUGUUAUCUGCCGUGUAGUCAGCAAACAUUGUAAGAAUGAUCUCGGCGGUUUUGUUCAGCUUGUAGAUCUAGAGUGUCUUCAGCUGUCUGAACAAGAAACCAUGAGAACAUAGUGCAAAUUUGUCAUGUAGAUCAAACACUGCCUGGGAUGCACCGCCAACAAUUUUGUUAUGGAAAUGUCUGGAAUGACGCUCCAUCGCCA